AUCAACCCUAUAAGUAGAAUAUUACAGUGUGCACGACCAGUCUUAGGAGAUUCGGCGGCAGCAGAGGACCAUCUGUUAGAGGGUGACUUGUCUGUUACGACAUGUACUAUUCUACAGCGAUGCUGUGGACGUUGCUCUUCGUUUUCGUCGUCGUAGAGGUACAGAGCAUCGACGUUGGAGACUGCAUCUGUUACAAUGAAACAGGAACAGAUGUGUGUGCCAUUGCCAUCGCUAAGAAUGAUACAGACUUUACCGUUACAUUGCCAACUGGGAACGUGGAGGUACCUACGUCAAUGGCAAGUUUGGGAGGCGAAUCCGCAUGUCCCGGACAGUGCUCGUUGGAUGUGGUGAUACCAGACAGCUCCAAGUGCACAGCAAACAUCGUGUCCACCUACACUGACAAUACAGUAAAGGCUCAGAUUGGCGGAACCUGUAUUUAUGGUCUUGAUCAUAACCUUACCUUCACGGACGCCAGGGCGUACUGCGAGGACAACGGGCUCAAACUAGUGCAACUGCAGGAUCCUGAUAAACAGAAGAAGGUCUUCGAGGCGACAAACUGGAUGCAGCACUGGAUGCACCUGGAGAAGAUAUCUGGGACCUGGCGCUGGGGAGGUGCAGGUGGGAAGGCUAUGAGGAACGCUCGAUGGGAACACGGUUCGGAUGCAGAUACCUACGACAGGGCAUUCACCAUGACAACGCUCAGCCAGAACAAGUUCCUGUGGAAAGGAGGAAACGACAAUUGGUAUUAUCGACCAGUAUGUGAAGGUCAAGCUUCAGGAUGCCCAGACCCUCCUCCCUCUGCCGGGUCCUGUCUUUGUGUGAACACCGAUGCUGCCCCGGCCUUUCCUGAUUCAGGGGGUGUUGAAGCGGUUUCUCUGUCAACCUGUUUGACUGCGACUGGAAGGGUCCGAACCGGUGAUCUGUUCGGCAGCUCGGCAACCCUUUCUUUCUACGAAGUGAACCGACCGGGUCUGAAUCCGGUGUGGGUACUUAGCACCCAGUUGGAUGCAGGAGCCAGAAGGAACUGCACUACUGAACCAACGACUGUCAAUGCCAAUGGCUGCCGGGUGUAUUUCUCGGAAAGUGUCGUUGAAGCCGUGGUUGAAGGCAGGUGUAUCUUCGGCAUCAACACCAACAUGAGACCAGAGGCUGCUCGAGCUCUGUGCGAGGACAAGGGACUGAGACUUGCCUGGGUGGAAACACGGAGAACCCAGAGAAAAAUAACAGCUGCAACAAAUUUUAGAGAGUACUGGAUUGGCCUAAAACUGAAAAGAAGAAGGUGGGUGUGGAUUUCACCGAACGACGACAACAACGCUGACGCCUCUAGUGACGUUGUGGGACGUUGGGAUGGGGAGAGCAACAAUACGUACGCUUUUGUACAACGGUCAAAUCUCAAGAGUAUUUCGAACCCGAAAACCUCGAAAAGGGUCGUAUGUCAAGAACAAGGGGAGACUAUUGCUGGUCCAACUAUUGGUACGUGCAUGUGCAUCACCGAAGCCCUUGCCCCAGCCUUCUCUUUCUCGGGUAUCUCUCAGACUUUGUUAAGUGGAGCAUGUUACCCCAGCGCUGGGAGCGGCAAGACGGGCGAUUUCUUCGGUCAAACUGCUUCAACUGAGUUUUACGAGCUUGUGAGACCAGGUCUUGGCUCUGUUUGGGUGCUUAGCGACAAGCUCAACCAGAGCUCUCCCGAGAGAUGCGACACAAACAUCUUGUGCACAGACGAAACGGUAAUUAAAGACAGCGACAAAUGUUCCACGGAUCUUGUCGGCUACAGCCACGGUCAGAGAAAGGCUCAGUUCGGGAGCACGUGCGUCUACGGCCUCGACCACACACUGCAGUACAGCGAUGCCAGGGCGUAUUGCGAGGAUAACGGGCUGCGGCUCGUACAACUACAGGAUCCGCAGAAGCAGAAGAAAGUUUUUCAAGCCACAAACUGGAUGCAGCACUGGAUGCACCUGGAGAAGAUAUCUGGGACCUGGCGCUGGGGAGGUGCAGGUGGGGAGGCUAUGACGAACGCUCGAUGGGAACACGGUCCGGAUGCAGAUACCUACGACAGGGCAUUCACCAUGACAACGCUCAACCAGAACAAGUUCCUAUGGAAAGGAGGAAACGACAAUUGGUAUUAUCGUCCAGUAUGUGAAGGUCAAGCUUCAGGAUGCUCAGUGCGAGGAAAAUGCAUGUGUGUGAACAGCGCUACGGCUCUUGCUUUUGCUCUGCCAGUGGCCCCGCAAGUGUUGAGCAGGUCUGAUUGCUUCAUAGCGACUGGGGACGUGAACAACGGGACCACUUUUUCGAGAGACGCAGACUUGAGGUUUUUUGAACUGACAAAGGCCAAUGGCGAUACUGCGUGGGUACUGAACAGUGACGUCGAUCAAAGCCCACAUUCUAAAUGUGGCCGUUUUGAAAAGGGCGAUUGUCUCUGUACAACGGGCGUAGCCACUGGCGUCGCUGUUUAUGGAAGCCAUGUCACCGUGUCGUCGUAUGCCGGGGACACGUGUUACCGGGCCACAGGGGAAGAGGUCGCCGGCGAUGGUUAUGGCUUCACAGAUAAACAUUUCGUUGCCUUGGAGAUGGACACUCACAAGAUAUUGUUCAUGGAAAAGUCGGACUUGGCGGAGAAGUCGUUGGCCAAAUGCCAGUGUCCUGACCAGACAGUGUACAAAGACAGUGCACGAUGUACCCGUGUGUUCCAACAAAGUCUACCGUCGGCGAUGUUCCUGACUGCAAAGAUAGGUGGCCGAUGUGUGUAUGGUGUCGAGAGUAUGAAGAACUAUACGGAAGCCAAGAUCUUCUGUGAAGUCAACAGUCUACGUCUUGUCAGGGUGAAGGAUGACUCGUUCGCCAGCCAAGUCCACGACGGAAUAGGAUUUGAAGAAUAUUGGGUCGGCUUGGAGAAGAUCGAUGGCACGUGGACAUGGGUGGCCCAAAGUACCAGUGAUAACCAAAAUGCAGAGGGUGAAAUAGCAGGGCGCUGGCAAACACCCAGCAUGGCCGCCGACUUUGACCGGGCGACGAUUAGCGUCAGUAAUGGUGGAGCAAUGUUCAGGCUGAAAGGAAUCGCCGCAAGUAGGAAAAGCAGGGUGAUAUGUGAAGAAGUCAUACCGUGUUCAGGUGCCAGUUCUGCGACACAAUUCCUGGCAGUGCACUUCCUGUGUGUCCUUGUCUCCUACCUUGUCCUGAAGAAGAUGUGACGUCUCCAGCCAUAACCAGCCUGUCCUUUGGAAAACCAGAUGUGGUUUCAGCUGCCUUUUACACUGAAGAUCUGUCAAUUUUCUUUCAAUUUCAUCAUUCUAGAAACUUUUGCAGGUGUUAAAAAUAUUUUAAAAUGAUGUGAUUUCUUUAAGUGAAUAAAACCAUCUGUCAUCCCCAAAAGGCACCUUCUC